AUGGCAAGUACACCACAGACCCCAACCCACCCUACCAACCCACCAACCGCAGACAAAAAAGGACCUCACAGGACUAAAGGAGGAAACCCCAACGACAUCAGAAACUAUACCCUUGCCCUGAUCCCAGACACCGCAAGGCCUACUACCCCCCACGGGACACCUCCACCCAACCCCUCAAUGAUCCGUACCCACCUUCAGCAAAGGCCCGCUCGUGCUACGUCCGCAACCUCCAUACCCUGCACGAACCCCAACCAGAGCUCAGACACUGAGCUACAGAGCCGGGGACAGCACGCCCGAGCCAACCGAGACCGGAGGGACCCGCGGAGAGCAACCAUGGACAUGGGGGUAAAUAAUGUCGAGACACUCACAGGCAACACCUCAAUAUUAUAG